CCGGCGGGCUUUGGGCGCUGCACCGCGGCAAGAUGGCGGACAGGGAGGAGGCGCUGAGGGAGUUCGUGGCCGUGACCGGCGUCGAGGAGGAGCGAGCGCGCUUCUUCCUCGAGUCCGCCGGCUGGGACCUGCAGAUUGCCCUUGCCAGUUUCUAUGAGGACGGAGGUGAUGACGACAUCCUGACUCUUCCCCAGCCGACACCCAGCUCUAUAUCCAGAGGCACUGCGCCCAGUGACCAUCGGGUAACAUCGUUCAGAGACCUUGUUCAUGCACAGGAGGAUGAUGAGGAAGAGGAAGAGGGACAGCGGUUUUAUGCUGGAGGCUCCGAGAGAAGUGGACAGCAGAUCGUUGGCCCUCCAAGGAAGAAGAGUCCCAAUGAGCUGGUGGAAGAUCUAUUCAAAGGAGCAAAGGAACAUGGAGCAGUGGCGGUGGACCGGACAGCCAAGAGCAGUGGCGAGACUAGCAAGCCUAAACCUUUUGCAGGAGGAGGGUAUCGGCUUGGGGCUACUCCAGAGGAGGAGUCUGCAUAUGUGGCAGGAGAGAGGAGACAGAACUCUGCUCAGGAUGUGCAUGUUGUACUGAAGCUGUGGAAGAGUGGGUUCAGUCUGGACAGUGGAGAACUGAGGAGCUACCAAGAUCCAUCCAAUGCCCAGUUUCUUGACGAUAUCCGUAGAGGGGAGGUCCCAGCAGAGCUGCGCAGGUUAGCACGGGGUGGUCAAGUGAACUUGGAUAUGGAGGAUCACCGUGAUGAGGAUUAUGUGAAACCUAAAAGUGUCUUCAGAGCCUUUACUGGAGAAGGACAGAAGCUGGGCAGCACUGUCCCCCAGGUGAUGGGCACCAGUUCACCAGCCCAGCAGGCAGAGAAUGAAGCCAAAGCCAGUUCUGCCAUCAGUAUUGAUGAGUCGGAGCCCAUCACCAACAUUCAAAUCCGGCUCGCUGACGGCGGGCGACUGGUCCAGAAAUUUAACCACAAUCACAGGAUCCGUGACAUCCGGCUCUUCAUAGUAGAUGCCCGGCCAGCAAUGGCUGCCACCAGUUUCAUCCUCAUGACCACCUUCCCAAAUAAAGAGCUGACUGAUGAGAACCAAACCCUGAAGGAAGCCAACCUGCUCAACGCUGUCAUUGUUCAGCGGUUAAUAUAAAGGAACUCAUCUCUCGCCACACGCCUGCCUGCAGUGCGCAUGUGCCGUCUCGUCCUGUGCGUGCACCUGUGCCGUGCAGCACAGGCUCACAUCUACUCGUAGCGCUGGGUUCUUAGGUCUUGGUUGGACUUUUUUCUCUUUAGUUGCAUUUCCCAUGUUUUUUUUUUUUUUUUGUGAUGAUCAGUGGACUUUAAAAUAAAUAAAAUGAACCAGUUUUGAAA